AUGCGUCAGUUUGGAUAUGAGCAGACGAUACCUCGCGAUCCUACUGUCUCAGCUCCUAUCGCCAUGACCCGCAGGCAGUUAGAUGAGGUCUUUGCAUACCGGGAGCAUCACAUGGUCCCUGAGGAGGCACGAGCGACGCUAGCAGAGCACGUCUGGAGUUGUUUCGAAUGGUACAUCUCAUGGUACUACAGAGUCUCACACCCAUACAUGCUUCCAGCUGCAGAGGGAGGUCCGUCCAGACCAGCCCACAAGGAGAUUCUUCGUGCGCAUCAGGCUCAGUUGGACCAUACUCAGGAUCUUCUUCCUCGGUGUCAUCAGAUAGCUGACAGGGGCCUCGGAACCAUUGUAGAGGGUUUAAUCACUGAGGGUACUCCUUAUUCGCGUGUGCUAGAUGAUAUGAUCAGGCUGGCAGAGAGUGCAUACCGCCGACAUCGUGCCAGGACCCGUGGAACACUUGACGCUAGGGGUAGAGCUAGCAGAGCCCUUGGUGGACGCGGAGGUGGAGGUAGAGGAGAUGUGCAGGAUGAUACCAGGCAUACUCAAUAUUGA